ACCGGCCCCGGAGCCGCCGCCGCCGCCGCCCGCCCGCCCCACGCCGGAGCCGCCUGCCCGCCCCCCGCGCCCCGCGCUGCAGCCAACGCCCGCCCGGGCCGCGCGCAAACUUCCCGGGCCGGCGGGCAGGGGCGGCGGCGGCGGGGCCCGGAUGGGAGCCCGGGCCGGCGGCGGCGGCGCCCAUGGACACUAACCGCCCGGGCGCGUUCGUGCUGAGCAGUGCCCCGCUGGCCGCGCUGCACAACAUGGCCGAGAUGAAGACGUCGCUGUUCCCCUACGCGCUGCAGGGUCCGGCCGGCUUCAAGGCGCCCGCGCUGGGGGGCCUGGGCGCGCAGCUCCCGCUCGGGACCCCGCACGGCAUCAGCGACAUCCUGGGCCGGCCCGUGGGCGCGGCGGGCGGAGGCCUCCUAGGGGGGCUGCCCCGGCUCAACGGGCUCGCCUCGUCCGCCGGCGUCUACUUCGGACCCGCGGCCGCCGUGGCGCGCGGCUACCCCAAGCCCCUGGCCGAGCUGCCCGGCCGCCCGCCCAUCUUCUGGCCCGGCGUGGUGCAGGGCGCGCCCUGGAGGGACCCGCGUCUGGCCGGCCCGGCCCCAGCCAGCGGCGUCCUGGACAAGGACGGGAAGAAGAAGCACUCGCGCCCGACGUUCUCGGGCCAGCAGAUCUUCGCGCUGGAGAAAACCUUCGAGCAAACCAAGUACCUGGCGGGCCCGGAGCGCGCGCGUCUCGCCUACUCGCUGGGCAUGACCGAGAGCCAGGUGAAGGUCUGGUUCCAGAACCGCCGGACCAAGUGGCGCAAGCGGCACGCGGCGGAGAUGGCGUCGGCCAAGAAGAGGCAGGACUCCGACGCGGAGAAGCUGAAGGUGGGCGGCUCGGACGCGGAGGACGACGACGAAUACAACCGGCCCCUGGACCCCAACUCGGACGACGAGAAGAUCACGCGGCUGCUCAAGAAGCACAAACCCUCGAACUUGGCGCUGGUCAGCCCGUGCGGCGGCGGCGCGGGGGACGCCUUGUGAGGACGCGCGGGGUGGGGGCGAGUCUAUUUUUGCAGAAUCCGGGGGCGGCCCCGGUGGGCGCGAGUCGCUUUGUAUCAUCAAUAAAUUAUUUAACGGGUCCCCGUCGGAGCCGCCGCUCCGGAGCCUGCGCCGCGUGUUUCUUCCGUCUCGAACCCGGAGCGAGGCGGCCCCUCCCCGGCCGCGGCUUCGCCCCUGCGGGACCCGGCUUCGGGCGCGCGGCGGCCUCGGGUCCUCCGGUGUCCCGGUGCGGAGGCUGCGGGCCCCGGGCAGGCGCGAGGCGGCGGCGAAGGCGCAGGGAAGGGGCCCGGCCCGCGGGAAGGAACCGCAGCGACAGCCGCCAGGAGCCCGGGACAGCCGGGGACGGAGCAGCAGGUACGGCCCGGCCCGCCUCGCCUCGGGGCGGAUUCGGACGCGCUUGGGGGGCCCCGAGAGGGCGGGGGAGCCGCGUACCCGCCUCGAGUCCCCGCGGGACGUUUUCCUUUCUUCGCUUUUCCCGCUUUGGGGCCGCGGACUCGCCGCCGGGCACCGGUUCCCGCUCGGCCGAGGGGUUUGCUCCGAUUUUUUCCAGAUCCCUCUGCGCGUAGCGGAGCGUCCCACAGGCGCGCCCUGGGCUCGGCCGGUGGAACCGGGUCUGAAGCGCUGCGCGGUGGCCCUUCGGUCACCUUCCCGCUAGGUCCUUCCGCGGUGGGAAGCAGUUUCUUCCAAACUAGGAUCGCAAAGAGAAAUCCGAAGUAAUCCCGCCCGCGGACGGCGGGGCCUCCCACGGGGCACGCGGGGUCAGGGAGCUGGACGCCCCCGGCGAGGCCCGCAGCGCCCGGCCAGGGGCUGCCCUGAAAUGCCGCCAGCUCCGCGGGGCUGACUCCGGCUGACAAAACCCGUCCACCCUCCCGCAGCCUCUGUGGCCGGGUCUGCCUAUCGCUGCAUCUUAAUGGGACCGUUGAGUUUUGAUUUUCAAAAAUUAAAUGUAAAUAAUUAUAUCAUUGCGGCGGUAGGGGUUCUCUUGGAAGGCAUUUUCGGAAACGUUAAAGAGAAGUAUAAGCGGCUUCAACGCGGCGCAUUUUGUUUUAGGCUCUUGGCAGCCUUCACAAGGAGGCAACCCGAAGGGCAGAAGCAACGCUUUUCUGUGGGGAGCCUCUCAGCUCAGCUCAGAGCAGACGGGCUUCCAGUUCUAAAGUUUUGAGGAAGGCAAAGCAUUUAUAGAAUCCCGUUUUAAAAUGAUGAGGGAUAAAUCCUUUAUUACAGUAGAAAGUCCAAAAGGCUGUUUUUCUCCUCUCAAGGAGCGGCUUGGUGUUUUGUGACAGUGUGUGAUACAGUGAAAUUCCAGGAUUUCUAACGAGCUUGAGCUCAAGUAACAGGAUAUACAGGAGGCCCUUCCCCUGAGUUAGCAUUUCAAAGGCGGCAGGAGAAGGGAAAGGAAGGAAAACAAACAACACGGGACUAUUUUCACCACGGUCAAUUUUAUUGCUUAGGAACCAGGCCAGUCACUUCUAAAGGCCCUCAGAACGACCAACAGCUGAAACCCGUGGGGCGGACUCCGUGUUGAACUGCGGACAGCGGCAACCACAGCAGCGACAGGGUCCGGUCCUUCCACCAAGAACGGACUCCGCAGCGGACAGCAGUCACUUGCAACGGUAGUGAUUUAUCCCAAAACAAACACCCACCUAAUGCCUUCACCUGGUCCAGGAACUCUGUAGUGUUCUAAAGUAAAAUCAAUAAAACAUAUAUUUGUGUUUCAUCAGCAGACUCUAAUCACCUUUUAAUGCUGUACUUAGUGCUAGAAGAAAAAUAUUUGCAACAAGGUUAUUACAUGGGUUGUUUGUAGCAGAGCAAUGAGGAAAUGUACAGUUUUGUUUCUCUUUAAUAUUUUUAUAUACAGCCCAUGUUAAAAGCAAUUUCUAUUGGAAGCAAACUAGGCUAUUUCUAUUUCUCCCAUAUUAUUGUUGUAAUGUAGAAUACUUGGCACCAUAAAACAGUAACAAAAGACAGACAAACGGUUUACAAAAUUCUUAAAAGGUACACCCAGGCUAGCUAUAAACUUCACAUUCAGUUCUUAAUAUUACACAGAAGAACGGCACGGGAGUGAUGGCCCGCCAGUGCAGACGUGCUGUGGGGCCGAUCUUACCCACGAUGGCGAGGCCAUGUGUUUUUUCUACGAAUUUGUGUGUUGAUGGACACACAGCUGAGCUCCUAGACUCCAAUGCUGCCUGCUGAUGGGACUCUUGUGCAUUCAUACUGGAAAGUACAUUUAGCAUAAGUUUUGGUAAGAUUUAUAAAUUAUUUUUAAAAAGUAUAUAUUUAUAUAUAUUUAUAUAUAUAUAAAAAUGGAAAGCAGCUGCAGUGUGAUUCAAAAACCAUGGGACGCGGCGCAGAGUGCCGUGGAAGGGGCAUCGGCAGAGACAGACCCCUUCGCCAUGCUGGGGGCCACGCUGCCGGCCGGCAGAGGGAGCGCCCGUCUUGGCUUCCCCAGCCCCUGGACACACCUCCACCUGGCAGAGGGAGGUCUCUGGACACGGGGGAGGGGUGGGGUCUCUGUGCUGGAGAAGCCCCUCCACUGACAAUCAUUAAAAACUGAAAACUGUGAAGUCUACGGUACAGACCCUCUUUGCUGUCUAUUAGAGUUUUGACAACAGGACUGUGACUUAUUU